UCGUCCUGCUGGGACUAGCGGCCGCCAUCUGGACGGUCCUCGCCGCGGAUCGCGGAAUUGGGCAGAGAGUGAUAAAAGGAGGGUUCACAUGUCAGACCCCUCCCCAUUCCAGCGGCGGGUCAGAGGAGGGAGGGGGAUUUCCUUGACUCUACACUUUCAUGUCGGACUUGUUCCAGCAGCACAGAGUGAAGCGGACAUGCUAAGGCAAUGGGGAUAACUUCUUCCUGGAGGUUAGUGAAGUUACUCGGCUUUUUCAUUGCGCUUGUCCUCUCUGUUCAGAUCUUAGUGGACAGAGUAACACAGAGUAAACAUCCGGCAGAGCCAAGUCCCCUCCCCGCGGAGGAGUACAGAGUCAUAUCCCCUGAAACAUACCGCUAUCUUCUCAACCAGCCGUCUGUAUGCAAAGACAAAAAGCCCUUUCUGGUGUUUAUGGUACCAGUUGCACCUCUGGAAGCUGCAGCAAGGGAAGCCAUCAGAAAAACAUGGGGUGCUCCAAGACAGGACACCCUUACCCUGUUCUAUGUGGGCUUACCUGAGGAGGGACAGGGGUCAAGGAGCCAGAAGGAGCUGGAGGAGGAGAGCAGGAAACACGCAGAUAUCAUCCAGAUGAACUUCCAGGACAGUUAUCAGAACCUGACAAUCAAGACUAUGAUGAUGAUGAACUGGCUGGCGACCCACUGUCCAAAUGUCUCCUAUGCCAUGAAAGUGGACGCCGACAUCUUUGUGAAUGUGUUCUACCUCAUGAGACGCCUGGGGGGCUCUCCCAGGCAGGGCUUCAUCACCGGCUCAGUGAUAUGGGACGGCAAGCCAAGGCGGGACAUCAACAGCAAGUGGCAUGUGUCAGAGGAGCUGUACCCCGAGGACAGCUUCCCGCCUUAUGUGUCUGGAGCCGGGUAUGUGUUCUCUGCAGACCUGGCUGCCAGGAUCUCCUGGGCAUCCAGGUUUGUUAGGAUGAUCCCCCUGGAGGACGUCUAUGUGGGUUUGUGUCUGCGUGUGCUGGGUGUCAGGCCCGUGUACUCCCGCAGCCUGCUCUUCCUCAGGAACUUGUUCCAAAUCCAGAAUCUGGAGUACGACAGGUGCACUUUUAACAAACUGCUCAUCGCCAACGGCUUUAAUCCGUCACAACUGCUGCACAGUUGGCAGGACUUCUCCCAGGGUCAUUCUAGCUGCUGAAAGAGGAGAUUAACACGUAUGAGAGCUUGAAACAAAGUUUAAAAUAAUGACACAAGUAGCCUUUUGUAAAGGACACAAAGUCAUUGGAGACACAGCCAUUAGGUCGGGGGUGGUGGGUGAUGAUUGGUAACUCAGAAAAAUUCAAAUGGUAACCUUUCACUUUUCCCACUCACCAAAAGAACCCCCCCCCCCCCCCCCGACAUAUUUUGUCUCUCCCUCUCUUUCUCCAUUUUGAGACACCCAAACAUGUCAGACAGGGACAGUCUCCUGCUGUGAGAGACAUGUGAACAACCAACUCAGGAAGAUUUCAGUAGCACUAUUUAGAUAUUUACGCCUUUAAUCUGAAUGUCGUGGAGGCAUAAUGGGGGGGGUGAAGUGAUCCCCC